AUGCCAAAGCAAAAACAGGGGAAAAUCGACAAACAGAAAGAAGAGGAGAAUGAAAUGAAAAAGAUGAAAGUUGCUGGUAUUACUAGCAAAUUUUUCUACACAUUCAAGAUGCCGAGUUUUGUAGGGAUGAUAAUGACGAUUGCACUGAUCAGCACUGCACUUGUACUUCCUCUUAUUGGGAAAGGUCCGAAGAAGACAAUUAGUUCGAUCAAAAAGAUGUUAGGCGACUCAUUACCACUCUUUGACUUGGACGAACUCAACUUGGAGGAUGUGUACUAUUAUUUAACACUGUCGGAUCGAGUCAAUUUUACAGCGAAAUUGCCGGAUUUGGAACUGCAAGAUUUGAACAUCAAAGAACAACCAAUAAGUAAUUUGUACUACUUGACAAUGCUUGCGGAGAAAUAUGAAUUGGAUCUGGAUGACUUUGUGAACGAGACAACGAAAUUCUACAAGGACUACGCCUUUAUUGAUGACUUGGAAAUGGACGAGGAAAAUUUAGAGGGAACUGUUAUUAAAAAGGCAAAACCUCAAAGUGUCGAGGCGUGUUACUACGCCGUGCAGAUCAUGAAGAAGACUGGAGAAUUUAAAAAGUUUGUAGGUACGGAGGAAUACGCCAAAAUGAUUAAAUUUGUAUUGAAAAUGCAAGCGACGUCUGGGCUGUUGUACAACAACAAGAACACGGAGACUGAUAUGAAAAUAUUGAAGUACGCCAUCGAGCUACUUUCUGAAGCAAAGAGAUACGACUUGUUUCAAAAAGAUGUGUCGAGUGCACUUGACAGAAUUAAGGUUGUUUAUGACGUUACUCUCAAUUUGGAUGGGAGUUAUGAUUUCUAUUUAGAAGACAACCCCUCAUGUUUUGGUACUGCUUAUGGAGUGUUAGGAAGAAAGUUACUUGGCUUGUCUAUAGAAGACACUACAAGGCAAUACUUGACUUCAUGUGUAACAGAGAAAGGUGCAUUGAUAUAUAGAGAUGAGAAAGAGACUGAUGUAGAGACUGGACUAGCUAUUGACUUAGCUUUAAGUGGUCUAACAGAGAUUCAAGGGAGUACCAAAGAAGGGGUAUCGACGGUGUCUUGUGUGUUUAUUGGAGUCGCUGUCAUCUCAUUUUUAUCCAAUUCGGUUGAUACAAACACAUUAAAAGAAGUUAUAAUAACAUAUUCGAUCUUCAUUCUUGGUAAUGUUGUAUCGUAUGUGUUCAGGGAAAAGACUUUACAACUGUUCUUGGUAGUCCCCACACUCAUAUCUCUUGUGAAAUCUAUACAAAGAGUUGAGUCGUGGAAGAAGCACGCUAUGUUUUGGUUGAUCACUUUGACUCCAGCCAGUGUCAUUGGGUGCGUAACAUACCUUAUUGAUGCAUUCUUCCCAGCACUCAUCGUCUCAAUGAGUGCCGAAUAUCUCGUCUUCUUUGUUUUGGCCGUCGUGAUGUAUUUCAGUCAAAUUGUAUGUUACCAACUCUUCGGAGAAAAACACAAAAACAUGUGGUACAUCGACGCGUCACAAAUCGCGUUCCAUUUCGCGUUCAUUGUCGCUGCGCUUAUGCUCGGAGCUUCCGAUAAUAUCGACUUCGUCUUCUCCACAAUGCAACUAACAGGGUCAACUUCAUAUUUCUUGGUUGGUGUGCCUUGUAUUGGUUAUGCACUCGCCUUAGCUGCUAACAUUUUCUCGGUACCAGCUGUCUCUAUUGCAACACAGAUCUUGGCAAAAUCAGAGUAA